AUGGGGUCGACGGGGAUCAAGACCGUCGAGCUUCAGCGGUCGGGUCCGUGUAUCGUGCUCUCACCGUCGGGGGAUGCGCGUUUUGAAGGUUUUGGCUGGGUAUCCAAGAUAUCCAUUUUCAGCAGCGGCGAGCGUGCAUCUCUCGCGGUACUCGGUCUUGCCGAGUAUGUAUGCAAGAUCAUCUUCCAUAUCUUGUUCAAGAUGUGA